AUGGUUUUCACGUAUUCUAAUAAAUAUAUUUCUAAACCAAUAUGUAUUGGUGAAUUUUCAUUAGAUAGAAAUGGUAAUGUUCUUCAAAAUAAAAUUGAAAACAAAUGUUACUUAUAUGAAAAGUUUAUUAAUCAGGAUACAUUUUUCAUAAACCUUAAAUCUCAUAAAAUUUUAUUUGAGGAUAAAACAAUUGAUAUGGAAUUAAAUUUAAGAAGAAACAUUUUAAAUAACUUGAAAAUUUCUACAUCUACUUUAGAUAAAUCACUUUGUAAUGCCGAAUUUUAUUGUUCCAGUGGUAUACUAACAAAAUUUGCUACAUCCCAUUUACAUCAUUCUCUUAUUAAUGUAUGGUGUAUUAAAAUUGAUAAUGUUAUUGUAAUGGUAGAUAGUAAUACUUUGGAAAAAAAAAGAUCAUUUGCUAAUGAUAAUAUAACAUUAUCUACUACUGAUAGUGAAAUUGCAUCAGAACAAAAUAAAUCUUUUAUUAGUAAAUUAAGAUAUGAUAGAAUUUUAAAAUAUGCUGCAUUUUUAAAGAGAAAUUGUAUUGACAAUAAAAAAGUUUUUAUUGAUGGAAUUCAUGUUUGGAAACAAUAUAGAAGAGUAUAUGUUUCUGAAUUACAAUGUCCCAGUGGUUCAGGUGAAGAUAAAUCUAUAAAAAUUGCAUAUAACUCAAUUAUUCAUUGUGUUGAUAAAAAAACAGAUAAUCCUGUUAUUAUUAAAAUAAGACCUUCACACAUUAAUGAAGAAGACUUUAUUUGGAAAUUAAAUCAAUUAUCAAAAAUGUACAUGCAAACUAUAUUGCUUAAUAGUAAUAAAAUUGUUAUUGGAGAAUGUGACAAAGAUUCUGUUAUUCACCAAACAAAAAUAAAAACCCCUAAAGAAAUUUUUGAUAAGUAUUCUUUAAAUGAAAGAAAUUUAUAUUUUCAUUUAUGGUUUGUACUCGAUAGAAUUAAAAAGGCUUUCGAAAACGAGUCAAAUGUACCUAUAAAGUGUGUUAACAUAGUGAAAUGGAAUAUGAAUGAUAGAUAUAAUGUAAAUUGUUAUGCAGAUAUUCCAGCUAGUGAAGCAUGUUUAAAAGUUUUUGAUAAUUUUUAA